CAUAUCUGUAGUAGAAGAAGUAAGAAGUAGAGGCUCUUUUCGUUCGCGGGCACACAUGAAACAUCAUGCUGACGUUACUGCCAUGACUCAAUGAUCAGAGAUGAUGUUCAAAACAAGAUGGCGGGCGAGCACCCUAUGUCUGUUGGCUGUUGUCACGAUUGUUGUCAUACUGCUGUUGAACACCUUGGACUUUCCGUUCAGCCAACUAGACAAGGGAUUCAGGCUCGAACGAGACCCAAUCCCAUCUUCCUCCGUAUCGGUCCCAGUGAUCAUUCCGGAAGUUGAAGUUUACACAUUCCAGGAAGUGACGUCAUGGACACGUGAAACAAAUAUUUGUGCUUCCAUUGAUAAUCAAAUCUACCAUGGAGAUUUUUUCCGUGUUCCUUUGGAAUCUCAAGUUGGAAGUUUAUCUGUAUUUAUCCAUAACCCGACAAAAGAUGGACUUUCCGGGAAAAUUUACAAAGAACGAAGAUGGGAGCCUAAUAUUCUAAACGUUAUACUGUUAUUCCUUAGGACCGAUGACGACACAAACUUCAUUGAUAUCGGAGCAAAUAUUGGACUACAUGGUCUACAAAUCGCAAAAUAUGGACGCAAAGUCUUGGCUUUAGAAGCCAGUAAGCAUAAUGUCCAGCAUAUAUGUGCCUCUACUCACUAUGGACGUUUCCAUGACUACGUAAAAGUUGUAUAUAAUGCCGCAGGAAAGAAUCACGAAACAUCUAACAUUAUCCUCGGAGGCUGGGGAGAUUUGGCAGGGAAUUUCGUGAACAUAUCAAAUACAAGAAAACAAAAGUUCAAAACAGACGGGAAAUUUGCUUACAAGGACACUACUGUCUCAGUACCAACUGUCACGCUUGAUGAUCUGCUAUCUUGGCAACAUUUUGAAAUUUACAAAAAAUCAUUCAUCAAAAUGGACGUUGAAGGUUCGGAACAUCUUGUGAUGGAAGGGGCCAAACGAUUUAUGCAAAAUUCAAAUAUCAAAGGGAUUAUAAUGGAAUGGAAAUGGCAUAAAGGUCAAAGUUCAGCUGAAACUAUACUCGAUAUCAUGAAAUCAUGUAAAUUCCAACCAUUUGACUUUUCAAACACAAAAAUCACACGGAAGAAAUUCUUUUCACAGGACAAUCUUACAAAACUGUUUCGAAGUUUGAACCCUAAUGAAUCCAGCUCGUGGCCUGCUAAUGUGCUCUGGGCACCUAUGUCAUAAUUAAAAGUACGUACGUGAGGGUCUUUUGGGGUCAAAACGUCAGGUACAAAAUCAAUAUAUAUAUAAUCAAAUGAAUUGAUGCUUUUCAUGCGAGAAAAGCCGCGUUUUUUAACUUUCCGGAAAAGAGUUCUGCAGCAGUUGAAUUGAUUAUGAUAUAAAAUGUCCCUUUUUCCAUUUACUUCCUGUUGCCAAGUUUAUAAGUAAAUCAUACACCAUCAUACCACAAACUGUUUAGUAAAUGUACCGGUUUCCUAGAUGUGUAGCUUUGUGUCAGUGUAUACGUGUGUUACACAAGUGUUGACUUGUGAUACAAGUGUGUAUAUUUAUAACAAAUGUAAUGUGUUAAAAAUGUGUCGCGUGCUGAAAGUGCGUAAUGUGUUACAAAUGUGUCCCGUGCUGAAAGUGCGUAAUGUGUUACGAAUGUGUACCUGUGUUGAAAGUGCGUAAUGUGUUACGAAUGUGUACCUAUGUUGAAAGUGUGUAAUGUGUUACAAAUGUGUCCCGUGCUGAAAGUGCAUAAUGUGUUACGAAUGUGUACCUGAGCUGAAAGUGUGUAAUUUGUUACAUAUGUGUCCUGUGUUGAAAGUAUGCAAUGUGUUACAAAUGUGUACCUGUGCUGAAAGUGUAUAAUGUGUUACUUAUGUGUCCUGUGUUGAAAGUAUGCAAUGUGUUACAAAUGUGUACCUGUGCUGAAAAUGUAUAAUGUGUUACAUAUGUGUCCUGUGUUGAAAGUAUGUAAUGUGUUACAAAUGUGUACCUGUGCUGAAAGUGUAUAAUGUGUUACAAAUGUGUCCCGUGCUGAAAGCGCAUAAUGUGUUACAGAUGUGUACCUGUGCUGAAAGUGUGUGCAGUGUUACAACUACGUAUUUGUGCUUUAAGUGUGUAAUAUGUUACAAGUGUAUAAAAUCUUUUGAAGAAGUGCGUGACUGUUUUACAGAUACAGAUACAUGUUUUUAAUGAAAGACACUGGUAGUUGAUUAGCAUACCUAUUACAUUUUAAAAUUGUCAGGAAUUUGAGUACUUUAAGAUAUAGACGUAAUUAUUACAAUGUACAAUCACAAAAAAUACUUGUGUAACAAGUACAAAUAUGUGUGUUUUAUUCUUCUUCGUUGUUUUGUAUUCAAGUUUCAGUUAUAACUGUUAAAAAUGUAUAUAAAAUUACAGCUGUGUGUACAUAAAUUGUGUAUUUUUUUAUCAUUAUAUACAUAAGGAUAUUGAUACCUAACUUUAAUAUUUCUAUCAAGUAUGCAUGUAUAAGAAAUGUUAUUGUAUACGUACUUGAUUGAGUUUACUGAUUUGGUAAUAUAGUACUAAGGAAGAAAUGUUUUUAUAUUUCACGCGUACGUCGCGGUUCUACUGUGAUUGGCUGUCAGUCAUUUUUAUUUUAAUUGUGACGUCACUACAUCAUGACGUCAAAGAUUCAUGAAACCGUACACAUGCUCAAAUAUAUUUUGUGCUUAUGCAAAAAUCAUUUAUGGUUUUAAUUUGAUAUCUGAAUGUUUUUUAAUGAUUUGAAGAAAUUUCUGAAAGACAUCCAGAGUGAGGUAUUGUUUUAUUGAAUUAAGCUUUGGUUUUUGACUGAUAUUUCAAGACGUAAACAAAAUUAGAGAAAGUUGGAUGGAGCUCAAACUUCACGCUUGAGCCAAUGAAGAGAUGAGAUGGCCGAUUUCAAAUUCGAGUCGAUAUGAAGAAAUGUUCCUUUCACGAGUAUCAAACCAAAGGGCUGCAAUCAUUAACUCGAAAGGAUUGUUCUCGCAAGUUUGUGGUAGAUUGAAGACCGAAUAAUUCUACACAUGCAUUGUGACCACGAUAAAAAAAUCCUUGACAAGGAUAUCAGAAAUUAAACAGCUGUACAUAACUAACAUAUUUCUAAUAGCUCUGAUAUAAAAUCAGACGAAUUUUUGUGCUUUCCCUAUACAUUACUUUUCUAAUUUAUCAAAAAAAAAAACGAAUACUCGCUUUUAAAAUGAGACUAUGUGUGUAAGGUUGGUUACCUUUUAUAUGGUGUUUUGAUAUUUGUGGAGUUUGUUCUGUGUACUCAGUUCUAUCGACAAUCAAUCAUUCACUCUGUAUUACCUGUCAAAUGUGUGGUCAUUUUUGAACAAUUUACUUUUUACACGAAGAUUUUGGAAAACAUUCCACCGACAUAUCCGGGUUUUUAAUCAAUAAACAGUUUUAAAUCUGCUGAUGAACAAUAUACAGACUGAUGUAAGUGAUUCAGUAUGGCCAUUGUUCCGCAUCAUUACAUGCUCUCAAUUAUUCAUUUUGUUACAGCAGUGUUUAUCAAUUUACUUAUAUAUAAACUGGCUUUUGGGUUGAUCCCGUGCGUUUACAAAAUAUCAAUCUAUUUUCUAUCCGGAUAAAGCCGAUUUCACCUGAUACGUUUAUGUCGGACAUAACAUAUUCGCUCAUAAUUUUACCUAUGCUUGCAUUUAACUUCUUAUUACCAGUGCUUGCUAUAUUUUUGUUUACAUUAAAAAAGAGCCCCUACCGACGUUUAUAUCUGCAGGCUCCUGGUCAGAUAUCAACUGUGCAUUGUUCGUCAUUGAAACAAUUUUAUUAGCAAUGCAUGGUCAAAGGGAAACAACUCUUGUUUUUAAUGAACUUCCGUUAUGUUAUAUUAUAUUGUCAGUCCCAAUAUUCACACCUAUUCAAGAAAUCCUUUGUUGAUAUUGACGUGAACAAUCUGAUAAAGUAUAUAACAAAUGAAAUUAUUCAAUGUAUGUGACAUUUUCUGUUCUAUAUAUUUGUUAUUGGAUACAAGAAUCUUUCAAUUAAAAGAAAUUGUUUUUGAGAACAUCUCUUACAACAUUUUCUUCAUUUUGUUUUUUUCGAUCCAAAUGACGUUUUUUUUUUCAUUUUUCAAAAUCUUGUUUGAUGGCCUCAUCAAGUAUUUCGGAGUAUAGGUACAAGCUACACCAUAUUGUACCAGAGUCCAAAUUCUAUCAGAGUGCAUUUCUGUACUCUAUACACCACGUUGUAUAGCACCGUGACGGUAAAGAACAUACAUUUAUUUUGUAGAUUGACCCAAAUUAUGUGCAAUAUAUUUCACGAACUUAUUAUUGUGCUUGUAUUUUGAUUGCACAACGAUUUUGUCUGAAGAGUUUUCAUUGGACAGUUAUGUUUUUAAAGACUUUUUCAUUGGAUUUUUUAAUUUUCAUUUCGUGAUAAUUUCUACUGUUAAAGAGUAUUAAUUAGGCCAAGAUUUCAUUUUUAACGCUGAAUUUAUGCACAAUACAAUGUUUUUCUCUAAACUUACAUAAAAUGAAUAAAAACAUUAUUUAUGAAAAAUGCAUUGAUCUUUUUUUCCUUUCACAUUAAAAAAAAAUUUCACCAUCUUUGUGUCGGUACCAGAAUUAGAAUUAGCCUUUGCAUUUAGGCAAAUUGGUUUAGAGAGAUAUCGUUCAUUUCCGUGUUCAAUCGCACCUGGGUGUAUUGCAGACCAAACACAUUUUGCUAGAUAUCCAUCUUUACAAUAAAUACAUUAUUUGUUUCAUUGGUGUGUGUCGCAACCUACAUGCCACGUCUUAAUUAUUUUGAAUAGUGUAACUGUUCUGAAUAUUUACAUGUACUUGACAAUCUUUUAAAAUUAUGGAAUAUGUGAAAAUUACGAUGUUUAUUGAACUAUAGAAUUAAAAUACCUUCCCGCAU